AUGGCCAACUACCUCGCCUCCAUCUUCGGCACGGAGCAAGACAAAGUGAACUGCUCCUUCUACUACAAAAUCGGCGCCUGCCGGCACGGCGACCGCUGCAGUCGCAAGCACGUCAAGCCUUCCUACUCCCAAACCAUCCUCUUGCCAAACCUGUACCAAAACCCGGCCUACGACCCCAAAAACAAGAUGAACCCGAGCCAGCUGCAGAACCACUUCGAUGCGUUCUACGAGGACUUUUGGUGCGAGAUGUGCAAGUAUGGCGAGCCGGAGGAGGUGGUGGUGUGUGACAACAACAAUGAUCAUCUCAUCGGCAACGUCUACGCGCGCUUCAAGUACGAAGAUUCGGCGCAAAAGGCCUGCGACGCGCUCAACAGCCGCUGGUACGCCGCGCGGCCCAUCUACUGCGAGCUGUCCCCCGUGACCGAUUUCCGGGAAGCGUGCUGCCGGCUCAACAGCGGGGAAGGGUGCGUGCGGGGCGGGUUCUGCAACUUCAUCCACCGGAAGGAGCCGAGCGCGGAGUUGGACCGGGAGUUGGAGCUGGGGACGAAGAAGUGGCUGAGGGCGCGCGGGAGGGAUGAGAGGAGUAUGACCAAGAGUCCGAGUCCGGAACCGACGAGGAAGAGGUUUUGA